CACCGGCCAAGACGGCUCUUGCUACUCCGGAGUGACCGCACCUCGAGCUUUUCUCUUCACGACUCCAUCGCUGCACAAACAAGCCCUCCUUUGACAACGAAACACAGACACGCACGCGAUGAGCACGACGACAACCUACAAGAGCUGGGUGCUCAACGAGUACGUAAAGGGCGAGCUGAACAAGGACAACUUUCGCCUCGUUGAGCAGCCGCUGCCCAAGGACAUCCCCACCAACCAUGUGCUGAUCCGCACGCUGUACGUCGGCUUCGAGCCCGCCAUGAGGCCGUCGAUCAGCCUGGGAAAGAGCUACCGCGAGCCUCACCCUCUCAACACGCCCAUGUGGGCCUUUGGCAUCGGCGUAGUCGCAGAGUCCAAGUCGUCGCGCUACAAGCGCGGGCAAAAGGUCGUCGGCAUGCUCGACUGGUCCGAGUACACUGUCCUUCCCGAGAAGGAGGUCUGGCCGUACGACGCCGACGUCGGGCUCCAACACCUCUCGGCUCUCUCUGCGCCCGGCGUGGCUGCACACGUCGGUCUCGUCGCUGUGGCCAAUGUGAAAAAGGGUGACGUCGUGUUGGUGAGCGCCGCAGCAGGCGCAACAGGCUCGGUGGCCAUCCAGGUCGCAAAGGCCGUCGGUGCGUCCAGGGUCAUCGGCAUCGCCUCCAAGAGCAAGUGUCAGUCCGUCCUCGACAACGGUGCAGAUGCCUGCGUCGACUACACCUCGCCCAACUUUGAGUCCGACUUGCGCAAAGCCACAAAUCGCAAGGUCAACGUCUACUUUGACAACGUGGGCGGAAAGAUUCUCGAUGCCGCCCUGCCGUGCAUGGCCAUGUUUGGACGCGUGGCCCUGUGCGGCAUGAUUGCAGAGUACAACAAGAUCGGAGCCGAUGCAGCGGAGAAAUUCGGCAUCAAGAACCUCAUCGUGGCUGUCAGUCAGUCUCUCACCCUGCGCGGCUACGUAGUCAUCAAAGGCCUUACGCCCGACGACGAUCUGCGACGGGCCAACCGGGAGCUGACGCAGUGGAUCAAGGAGGGAAAGAUCAAAGCUAGCAUCUACGACUUUCCCCAGCCGGGUAUUGAGCACUGCCCUGAUGCACUGAAAGGUCUGCUGGUGGGCCAAAACACGGGCAAGAUGACGCUUCGCAUUGCCAAAGACGCCCGUGAGGUCCUCGCUGCUUCUUCUUCGAAGCUCUGAGACGCGAAUGUAGCUGCUCCUGUACUCUCCAAUCCAUCUUGCUUCUAUCCCAUCCUCACCAUCGAAUAUGAAGUCCGAU